UCCCCGAAAUAAGAAGCAAGGAAUCCCCUCCAUUUCUCCCCUUUUCCCUCUCUUUUCAAACCCUAAAAAGAAAAAGAAAAAUCCUAACCCUAGUUCUCCCUGGAGAUGAGAUGGGAAAUGGAGAUGUACGAGAUCGAAUCAGUGAUGGAGACGAUCUGGGACCUCCACGACAAGAUCAGCGACGCAAUCCACUCCAUCUCUCGAUCCCAUUUCCUCGAUUCUAUCAAAACCCUAACCAAGAAGAGGAGGAAUCAGUUCGAUUCGAUGGGAGGAGGAGGAGGAGGAGGAGAUGGCGAUGAGAAGGGAGGGUUUGUGUUCAUGAAGGAUUUCAGGGUUGAUGAUGAUGCGGCCAUGGCGGAGGCCAGGAGUCUCAAUGCGAUUAGGACUGCGCUUGAGAGUUUAGAGGACCAGCUCGAGUUCUUUCACACUGUUCAAUCACAGCAACGGGCUGAACGAGACGCGGCUCUAGCAAGGUUGGAGCAAAGUCGCAUCAUUCUUGCAAUGAGAUUAGCUGAUCACCAGGGAAAGAAAUGCAAAGUGAUUGAAGAAGCCUUAGCAUUUGUGGGUGAUGUGCGUGAUGCAAGUCGCUUUGUUUCUCCGGAGAACCUCUUUGACAUGCCAAGAGAUCAGGCAGGUGAGAACCUGGAGGAACAGAAGGGGGAAAAAUUGAGUACCUUGAUGCGGAUGUUGGUGUCCAGUUUGUCGUUGGCAAAGGAUUCACUAAAGAUGGAGAAAAUUGGAGGAGUGUUAGGCAAUGCUGCUCUAUUUGCUGUAAGCAUGCUUGCUUUUCUGCAGCUACAUCAAGUAGCUCUCAGGGCUCCACGGAUUGGGGAUCAGCAGAGGAUUGAGCAGCGAGAUGGUUCAGCUCAGACAAGGCAUUUUGAUGUGUUUUCAGCUCGGGGAUAAACUGCGAGCGAGUUGCAUGCCGAGGUAAAUGAAUGUAAAUGUUGUUGUUUUUUUUCCUUGAGUUGUUUGGUAGGCGAUAGGAGAGAUGUACGUCUCUUUUGGUAGGGGUAGUCGUGUUCCUCUUCGUGUUAGUGAAUGAAAUGUAAUCUUCUGGUUCUGUGGGUGUGUUUUUAUCAGAACCAUCUUUUUUCAAUACUCCGGCUUCCUCGUGA